AUGAAAAUGUUUGCUGAUGAUAGAAGAAUGGAACACAAAAACGAUCAUAAUUGGAGAGUCCCUUCCAUCUACCAGAUACCAAGUGAUACCCGAGUUAUUUCAGUAGAAGGAACAGACACAGGGUUCCUGUUUGGAAUACUCGGCUCAACAAGCAAUGGACUACUAACUAAUGAAACUUGGAAAUGCAAGGGUGUCUUUCAACAGGGAUGGACUUCGCCGGAUUUUGAUGACAAGGACUGGCCUUCGGCAAACGUUGUAGGAAACCAUGGCGACAAACCUUGGAAGACAAUAUCUGGCAUCGCAAGGACGGCAAAGUGGAUAUGGACCACUAAUAACACAGGCUUUGUUUAUUGUAGGCUGAAAGUGCAGUAA